GACAAACAUCGAUGUGAGAGAAACACAUCAAUUGGUUGAUGUGAGAGAAACACAUCAAUUGGUUGCCUCCUUCGCACACCCCGAUCAAGGCCCGGGGCCGGGGAGGAGCCUGCAACCAAAAGGUAUUCCAAUCAAAGGAAAAAAUAGCUCUUCUAAGAUGGAAUCUGUUGUUUGGGAAUGUGGUUGAUCACCUUGAUAUGUUGGCCAGAUGUGCCCUAUGUAAUAAAAUGAAAAGAAGAGACAAGAUGAUGUCAUUUUCCUGUAUUGUGAAACCAAAAACAAAUGCCUUUUGUGAGAUCAAGCUAACAAACCUCUGACAGUGCGAAGAGUAUUUAACUGUUUGAAGAACUUAAUAGUAAAAUAUAGAAGAGUACUUCUUCAAGCUGGGACCUGCAGGUGUACAAAGAUCUAAAAUACAUAUCAUAGGCCUGAUCGUCCAAAUCUCAUUCAGAUCCAAGAAGGAUGGCUAUGAGUUGGAUCGUCUUCUAUCUUUGGCCCUUGACUAUGUUUGUGGGGCAUAUAGGUGGGCACAGUUUGUUUUCUUGUGAACCUAUUACCUUGAGGAUGUGCCAAGAUUUGCCUUACAAUACUACCUUCAUGCCUAAUCUUCUGAAUCAUUAUGACCAACAGACAGCAGCUUUAGCAAUGGAGCCAUUCCACCCUAUGGUGAACCUGGAUUGUUCUCGGGAUUUCCGGCCAUUUCUUUGUGCACUCUAUGCUCCUAUUUGUAUGGAAUAUGGACGUGUCACACUUCCCUGUCGUAGACUGUGUCAGCGGGCUUACAGCGAAUGUUCAAAGCUUAUGGAGAUGUUUGGUGUUCCUUGGCCUGAAGAUAUGGAAUGCAGUAGGUUCCCAGAUUGUGAUGAGCCAUACCCUCGACUUGUGGAUCUGAAUUUAGCUGGAGAUCCUACUGAAGGAGCCCCAGUGGCAGUGCAGAGGGACUAUGGUUUUUGGUGUCCCCGGGAGUUGAAAAUUGAUCCUGAUCUUGGUUAUUCUUUUUUGCACGUGCGUGAUUGUUCACCUCCUUGUCCAAAUAUGUACUUUAGGAGAGAAGAACUUUCAUUUGCUCGAUAUUUCAUAGGAUUGAUCUCAAUCAUUUGCCUCUCUGCCACGUUGUUUACUUUUUUAACUUUUUUGAUUGAUGUCACAAGAUUUCGUUAUCCUGAAAGACCUAUUAUAUUUUAUGCAGUCUGCUACAUGAUGGUAUCAUUAAUUUUCUUCAUUGGGUUUUUGCUUGAGGACCGAGUAGCCUGCAAUGCAUCUAGCCCUGCACAGUAUAAGGCUUCCACAGUGACACAAGGAUCUCAUAAUAAAGCUUGUACCAUGCUUUUUAUGGUACUUUAUUUUUUUACUAUGGCUGGCAGCGUUUGGUGGGUAAUUCUUACCAUCACAUGGUUCUUGGCAGCUGUGCCAAAGUGGGGUAGUGAAGCUAUUGAGAAGAAAGCAUUGCUGUUUCACGCCAGUGCAUGGGGCAUCCCUGGAACUCUAACUAUCAUCCUUUUAGCGAUGAAUAAAAUUGAAGGUGACAAUAUCAGUGGCGUGUGUUUUGUUGGCCUCUACGAUGUUGAUGCAUUGAGAUACUUUGUUCUUGCACCCCUCUGCCUAUAUGUGGUAGUUGGGGUUUCACUCCUUUUAGCUGGCAUUAUAUCCCUAAACAGAGUUCGAAUUGAGAUUCCAUUAGAAAAGGAGAACCAAGAUAAAUUGGUGAAGUUUAUGAUCCGGAUUGGUGUUUUCAGCAUUCUUUAUCUGGUACCACUCUUGGUUGUAAUUGGAUGCUAUUUUUAUGAGCAAGCUUACCGUGGCAUCUGGGAAACAACAUGGAUACAAGAACGCUGCAGAGAAUAUCACAUUCCAUGUCCAUAUCAGGUCACUCAAAUGAGUCGUCCAGACCUGAUUCUCUUUCUGAUGAAAUACCUGAUGGCUCUCAUAGUUGGUAUUCCCUCCAUAUUUUGGGUUGGAAGCAAAAAGACAUGCUUUGAAUGGGCCAGUUUUUUUCAUGGUCGUAGAAAAAAAGAGAUAGUGAAUGAGAGCCGACAAGUACUCCAAGAACCUGAUUUUGCUCAAUCCCUUCUGAGGGAUCCAAAUACUCCUAUUAUAAGGAAAUCAAGAGGGACGUCCACUCAAGGAACAUCCACACAUGCUUCUUCAACUCAGCUGGCUAUGGUGGAUGAUCAGAGAAGCAAAGCAGGGAGUGUCCACAGCAAAGUGAGCAGCUAUCACGGCAGCCUCCACAGAUCUCGUGAUGGCAGGUAUACUCCCUGCAGUUACAGAGGAAUGGAAGAGAGACUACCUCAUGGCAGCAUGUCACGACUAACAGAUCACUCCAGGCACAGUAGUUCUCAUCGUCUCAAUGAACAGUCACGACAUAGCAGCAUCCGGGAUCUCAGUAAUAAUCCUAUGACUCACAUCACACAUGGCACCAGCAUGAACCGAGUUAUUGAAGAAGAUGGAACCAGUGCUUAAUUUAUCCUGUCUAAGGUGGAAAUUUUGUGCCGUUUAUAAAGCAGAUUUUAUUCUUUGCCUUUAGCAUGACUGACUGCUGUAACUCACUGUUAUCAUGCGUUCAGUCAGGUGCAGAUUGUGUCCAUUGGAAAAGUAAAUUUUUGCUUUUUAUAUUGCAUCAAACUUGUAAUAUCCAGGCGUCUUAAAUAUAUUGUCACAUAAAUAAUUCUUAUUUCUAGGUAAUGAAGAGAGAAUUAUUUGUCUGGUAAGCAUUUUUAUAAACCCACUAUUUUAUAUUUACAAAAAAUCCUAAAUGUGUGGUGACUGCUUUGUAGUGAACUUUCAUAUAUAAUAUCAACUAGUUGUGAGAUAACA